UUUCAGGGCUUUUUUGAUGGCAGAUCAAAACCCAACGCUUACUUUUAACAAUGGAUACAAAAGUUCCAGUUUUUGGCCUUGGUACUUGGAAGUCAAAACCUGGAGAAGUAAUGCAGGCUGUUAAGGAUGCUAUUUCUUGUGGAUAUCGCCAUCUUGACUGUGCCCUUAUUUAUGGCAACGAACCUGAAGUUGGAGAAGCUAUUAAAGCAAAGAUUGCUGAUGGCACUGUAAAACGUGAAGAUUUAUUCAUCACAAGCAAGGUAAAUAUGAAUAUUUAGAUGAAA